AGCUGCCCCAGCAGGCGGAUGGUGGAAGUUUAUUUACAUACUUUCUACCUCAAAACACCACCACCGAAUACGUGUGCGGCGUGUGCGGUAUUUAAUUACGUUUGGUUUCCCUCGUCCUCCAGAAAUGCCGGUUGAUGUGCUUGGGUUUGCUUACGCCGCUACGGUGGCCGCCGGUGGUAUCGUCGGGUACGCGAAAGCAGGUUCGGUCCCUUCGCUAGCGGCCGGUCUUACGUUCGGUGCACUGCUCGGCUAUGGUGCGAUGCUGUCCUCGAAUGAACCGCCACGGCCCCUGCUCCAGAUCGGUACGGCACUGGUGCUGGCCGGUAUGAUGGGAUCGCGGUGGGCCCGCUCGGGCAAGUUCAUGCCGCCGGGUCUGAUCUGUGUGAUCUCUUGUGCAAUGCUUGCCCGCGGUCUUAUCUACCACAACCGCUAUCUACCGAUGAUUGGUGCAAAACACGACUAAGAAGAGUACCUUGGCGGGUGUACACCCCCUCCCCCGGGCGGUUUGUCAAGGUCAUACAUGCAUUUAUGCAACGCUCCCACAUUCCACCGACCGCCGGUAGGUCGUGCGGGGUCACGGGAGAGCUUAAAGUGACAGUGCGAAACAGUUCGAAUGAAUGGUGAUGGGAAUAGCGUUAAAUAAAGCUCUAGUUCUUUAUGUAAAA